UCAAGUGUCCAGAAUCUGCCGUUGCCUGGCAUUACAAACCUGUGGCAUUCACUCUCCAUCGACUAUCUGGCUCUGAAGCUAGGCCACAAGCUGAAAUCCAGAGUGCAAGAGGCCACUUGCCGACACUUUGAAGGAAAAGUCGUGGUAAAGCUGGCCAGGUUCCCAUGGGGGAUCCCACAGCUCGACCAAGAAAUGCAAGCAUACGAAUGGCUCAAGAAUACCAACAUCGGCCCUAUCUUCCUUGCACAUGUGACGGAAGAGGGCAGAACUAUCCGAUUUGUCAUGGAAUACAUCGCAUAUACGCAUCAUGCAGCACCAGAGGAGAUAUUGUUUUGUCAAGAAGUUUUGGGCAGGCUGCACAAGCUUGGGAUUCAGCAUGGUGAUGUCAACAAAUACAACAUCCUGAUACGAGAGGAGUGUGUGAUACUGAUCGACUUUGCUUGUGCGACACAAUGUCAUGAUCCCGGGCUUCUGACUGCAGAGCUGAACUCGCUUGAAUUGGAACGACAUGAGCCCUCUGGUCGAGGCAGAGCAAUGGGACACUAA